UAACUUAAUCUUUCCUACUGCCACCUAGUGGAACAUAGAACUUUAUGAAAUGUCAAUCCAAAUCCCAGUUUCGGUACAAAAAAAAAUAAAAAUAAACCAACCUUGAAAAUGAGCCUCCUUGAUUCAGUUAAAUACAAGAGUUUAGUCAGCUCGGUUCUUAACAAAGACAUCAAACAGCAUGGCAAGGCUUUUAUGUUCGACUCAGAAGAAGACACUUCCUGGAGUUCCAGUGAGGGUACUCCCCAAUGGAUAGCGAUCCAAUUUGAUGAACCACAAACAGUAACCGCCUUCAGUUUCCAAUUCCAAGGUGGAUUUGCUGGAAAAGAUGCCCUGGUCAUCGCGACCGCUGUUGAUGGCACAGAAUCAGAGGAACCUUUCUAUCCCGAUGAUAUCAACUCAGUUCAAACAUUUACCCUCAAACAAUCAAUUGAAAAUACAAAAAAACUCAAAUUUGUAUUCGGAUCGAGCACAGAUUUCUUUGGAAGAAUUAUUGUUUAUAAAUUAAAAAUAAUUUGAUUCAAUAAAACAAAAAUAGACAAGAA